AUGAAUAGGUUUAAUCUGAAAGACCUUACAUUGAUACUUUUCAUUGCAUUUUAUGUAUGGUCUUCAAGCUUUGAGAAUUGCUGUGCUAGAGAAGGCAGGCAGUACUGGAGGCAAAGCAGCAAGGCUGUCCCAGCUUCUGUGCUUGUAAAGAAACCAAAAGGUUAUAACCAUGCUGGCCGCAGAAUGUUAAGCUCAGCCAUCUUUAAUGUAUUAGACUAUGGUGCUAAAGGUGAUGGACAAACUGAUGACACAAAGGCAUUUGAAGCAGCGUGGGCAGCAGCUUGCAAGGUCGAGGCAUCAACAAUGGUUGUUCCAUCUGGGUCUGUUUUCUUCGUCCUGCCAAUCACUUUUUCGGGGUCUAGUUGUGAACAAAACAUUGUCUUUCAGUUGGAUGGCAAAAUCAUAGCCCCUACAAGCUCUCAAACUUGGGGUUCAGGUCUUUUACAAUGGCUAGAUUUUACAAAUCUUAAAGGGUUUACAAUCAAAGGUAAAGGUAUCAUUGACGGACAAGGUUCAGUCUGGUGGGGUGACUCGGGGAAUAUGCCAAGCACCAAACCAACGGCACUCAGGUUUUAUGGAAGUGAUGGUGUGACAGUCACUGGCAUAACUAUUCAAAAUAGUCAACAGACCCAUCUCAAAUUCGAUAGCUGCAAAACCAUUCAAGUUUAUGACAUAAAUGUUUCAUCCCCUGGUGAUAGCCCUAACACAGAUGGGAUUCACCUACAGAACUCCCAAGAUGUGGUCAUUUACAGCACCACUCUUGCAUGUGGAGAUGAUUGUGUUUCCAUACAAACUGGAUGCUCAAAUGUAUACAUUCACAAUGUCAAUUGUGGACCUGGACAUGGAAUCAGCAUUGGAUCACUAGGGAAGGAUAACACUAAAGCCUGUGUGUCAAAUGUCACUGUUCGAGACAUAAAAAUGCAGAAUACAAUGACUGGAGUCAGAAUAAAGACUUGGCAGGGAGGGUCAGGCUCGGUACAAGGAAUUAUGUUCUCCAACAUUCAAGUUUCUGAAGUUGAAACUCCCAUAAUGAUUGACCAAUACUACUGUGAUAAGAGCAAAUGUCAGAAUGAAAGCUCAGCUGUGGCAGUGUCAGGCAUAGACUAUGUAAAUAUACAAGGAACCUACAAAGUAAAACCUGUACAUUUUGCAUGCAGUGACAACGUGCCAUGCACUGGUGUCUCUCUAGCUACAAUUAACCUAGAAGCUGCUCAAGAAAACCAAUCAAGUAACCCUUUUUGCUGGGAAUCAUUUGGAGAAUUAAGAACUACAACUGUUCCUCCAAUUGAUUGUUUGCAAACUGGCAAGUCACCAAUCGCCAAAGCUCAGUCUACUGUUGAUUCUUGCUGA